GGAUGCUCAACUCGAAUCGUUUCUAUCCUCUGAGAGAUUAUAAACUAUAGAACUUUUUUAAGCAAUUGCUGUUCUAUAGUAUCACAUGAAAGUUCGAAUAAGAUGCCUCAACAAAUUUCAUACCGUCCCAUUUCAGACUCUCCCGAUGCUACCUAUCAUUUGAUAUUCUUCAUUACCGGCAAUCCAGGAUUGAUAGGUUACUACACGACCUUUCUUUCACUCCUCAACAAUCUUCUGUCGACCUCGCCCACUAAGAAUUCGAAUACCUACCACAUAUUUGGCCAAUCGCUGGCUGGUUUUGAGACGGACGAUGUCCCUUCUGAGUCCUCUGAUCAAAGUCCAUACUCGUUAGAACAACAAAUAGAUCUUGUUCAUGAUUGUCUGGUGGAGCAGAUAAAUGGUUCAUCUAUACCGUACAAAAAUGUGAUCUUGAUAGGGCAUUCGGUCGGAUCAUACAUCCUUCUAGAAACUCUUUCCAAACUUAUUGUGCCGGCUGCCAUCCCUUCAAUAUCCGCAGUUUUGUCAGGAAUUCUUCUGUUUCCAACAGUCACUCACAUUUCUCACUCCCCUUCCGGUGCGAAACUUACGCCUUUGAUGUCGAUACCGAAUUUUCCUGUCUUGGCGUCUUCCUCGGCUAAAAUGCUUCUUUAUUGUGCUCCGAACGUUGUUUUGGAUUUUCUGGUGAAGAAGAUCACAGGAAUGCCAGAGGAGGCAGCGAAAGUCACCACAAGCUUUCUAAGAAGUAAAAAUGGUAUUCUGCAAGCUUUACAUCUCGCACGUGACGAAAUGAAUACUAUUACGGAAGAUAAGUGGGAUUCGGAGAUAUGGGGUGUUGAGCAUUCUGAGUCGUCUCAGCGUUCUCCGCCCAAACUUAUUUUUUAUUUUGGUGAAAAUGAUCACUGGGUAUCAUCUCAUACUCGCGAUGCACUGAUCGCUGCAAGAGCUUCGACUAUGCCUACCCCACCUACUUCUACUUCUACGAUUUCUAUCAAGGAAACUAACAAGCCUAUCAUGAUGAUUGACAAAGAGGGGAUCGAUCAUGGAUUCUGCAUUAAUCACAGCGAAACAAUGGCAACGAAAGUGAAAGACUGGAUAGAUAAGAUAGUUCAAGGUGCAUAAUGAAAUAGAUCGCAGCCUAAAUGCUGAAAUACGAGCAACUGUUCAAAAUCGACGAUGAUUGCAGUUCUGCAGACUACCCAUGUCACAGAUUUUUUGGGCCAGUGUACUUCGAAGUAGUGCCCUCGUAAACUCCCUUUGUGGAUGCUUGCAUCGGGGUAUAUUUUCAGCCUUUUUUCUUGGCGUAGCUUGUACAUAUUAACGGUCAUUGAAAUUUUCAAGGGUUAAUUCGCUUCACUAUUUUAAUUCCGGUUCUUCAGCUUUGGCGAUUAGUGCCCACUAGUUUUGAAGGACAAGUUGUCCAGGUCAAAUCUCAGCCUCAUCGCAAACUUUCCCACUUUGAAUUUUUGAUUAUUUACUUGCA